UCGCUGUUCUGUAGAUAGGGGCAGAGUUUUGGUGUAUGUGUGAGUGGGAGAUGGACCGAGGGCGCUCUACUGACUAGCAGAGGCGAAGAGCGACUCCAAUAGCCUGAACUAUUAAAAUAAUAUACGCGAUACUGUCGUCGAUAGCCCACUCCAAAAUCAAAAUAAGUCGCCCAUCUUUCACAUCUACUUCACACACACUAACACGGCAUUGAUGGUAAUGUAUGCAAGGAAACAACCAAGACUCGGCGAUGGGUGCACCGACCGAAGGGAUUCUCAGCCCUAUCAGACUCUUAAGUACUCAUCCAAGAGUCACCCUGAUCACAGACAUGAGAAGAUGCGUGACAACAACGACGCCACUCCACCGUGCAAGAUGUUGCGGCGAUCAGACAGUCCAGAAAAUAAACACAUGGACAGCACCGGCCAUGGCAGAGCAAAAGCCAUCCAUCCACACCGGGGGAGAGACAGAGAAGGAGGGACCAGUAUAUCCCCUCAAGAGAACUCCCAUAACCACAGCUCUCUGCACAGCUCCAACUCUCAUUCAAAUCCCAACAAAUCAUCAGACACGCCAUAUGAGCCGGCAGAUGAUUGGUCUGAACACAUCAGUUCUUCAGGGAAGAAGUACUACUACAACUGCAGGACGGAGGUGUCUCAGUGGGAGAAACCCAAAGAGUGGCUGGAGAGAGAGCAAAGGCAGAAGGAGGCAACCAAGAUGGCUGCAGUGGUCAACAGUUUCCCUAAAGACAGGGACUACAGGCGUGAAGCCAUGCAGGCUACGCCCGCCAGCUUCUCCAGCACUAAGUCUUCGAUUGCCACAGAGAAGCCUUCCUCACUCACCCCCUCCUCUUCCUCUGCUGCUGUGUCUGGCUUAAGCGUGGCCAACUCAGCCAGCGGCGCCUCUGGCUCUACAGUCCCGGUUUCUCCGGUGAUGCAGUCGCCGGCCCCACCCACUCUUCUGCAAGACCCCUCCCUCUUACGCCAGCUUCUCCCCGCUCUGCAAACGGCCCUGCAGUUGAACAACGCCAGUGUAGACAUGGCCAAGAUUAAUGAAGUUCUCACGGCUGCAGUAACUCAGGCUUCGCUGCAGUCCAUGCUCCAUAAGAUCCUGACUGCUGGUCCGUCUGCCUUCAACAUCACAACUCUGCUCUCCCAGGCUACUCAACUGUCCAACCAAGCCCAGCAGUCCAGCCAGUCUCCAAUGUCUCUGACAUCAGAUGCUUCCUCUCCUCGGUCGUACGUGUCUCCCAGAAUCAGCACGCCACAGACCAACACAGCCUCCCUCAAACCGCCCCUCAGCACCACGCCAGUCUCCUCACAGACCAAGAUGAACGUUAUGACAGUUAAGUCCAGUUCUCUCCCUCCACCUUCGUCCCAGCAGUCCCACCCCACAGACAAGCAUCACGACAACGGCAAUUCUCCACGGACGCUGCAGAGACAGAGCAGUCAGAGAAGUCCAUCUCCAGCUUCGAACCACAUGGGCAGUAACAGCAGCAGUAAUAAUGGCGGUGGCGGUGGUGGUCAAGGACCAGGUGUAGUCAGCGGAGCGAUGCCCCCGGGUUCAGUACCUGCUGGCACAGCCCCAGGCAGAGCAACAUGUUCCUUCACACCCACGCUGGCCGCGCACUUCAAUGAGAACCUCAUCAAACAUGUGCAGGGGUGGCCCGCGGAGCACGUGGAGAAACAGGCCUCGCGGUUACGCGAAGAGGCUCACACCAUGGGCAGCAUCUACAUGUCAGAGAACUGCACAGAGCUGAAGAACCUGCGCUCACUGGUGCGAGUGUGCGAGAUCCAGGCCACGUUGCGCGAGCAGAGGAUACUGUUUUUGAGACAACAAAUUAAAGAACUUGAAAAGUUGAAGAAUCAAAAUUCCUUCAUGGUUUGAGGAACUCUGGGUUUGCGAUGUGGUCUUGAAACAGGAGGAGAGAAGGGGGUAGGUGAAUGAGUGGGCAAAACCCAUUUCAUGCGCGCGGAACCCUGGAGAACCAAAGUUCUGUCGCGUUCUGCUCUGGGCCCAGUCUUACAUUAAACAAACUGCAGCGAGGUCUUGCUUGGACUGAGGGUGGGAGGGGAGAGGGGCGCGGAGAGUUUUUCAGAGGAGCUGCCCUCGCCCCGUCCCUGUACAUGUAGAUUAUUUGUAGAUGUUAUUUCCAUGUUGUAAAUAUAUUUUGUAGAUGAAACCAUGGGAAGCCAUGCCUAUCAAAGCUUUUGACAUCCAAACGUUAAACUAAUCCGCACCGAGGCAGACUGGGAUCUCAAGUGCCCUCAUUGUCACCAUAUGUAGAACUCUUGACUGCAGAUUUUUAAAUGACAUGAUUAAAAAAACAAAACAAAAUGAAAACAAAUGCUCUUCAGUUAUACGAUCGGGGAACCAUUUGCCUUGAGCAUGUACCAGACCUGCAUGGAAAAGGUGGACUAGUCGACCGGGACAUUUAACGAGGACGAUUACGCACACACUUUUUGUCUUUUCACGACUCUGCACACGUAUCCACUGGUUCAUUUUUCUCUCGCUACAUAUGAAAAAUGGUAGUAAUGCUACAUGGUUAUUUGGUUAGUUUAUUUCUUUCUCUGGUUGCACUAUAAUGGUUUCAUUCCCUCACCCCAUGCCUUUUGAGGGGGUUUACAUCAUGUUUGUCCACAAUGGUUCAGUGGUCUCCUACCUGCCCCUAAUGGCCCAGCAAUAUGCCCAUGGUCAACACCAGUGCCUGCUUACGUGAUGGAGUGAAUGUGAGCAAGAACGAAAGGAGAGAAAGAGAAUCAUUCCUGCAGCUCAUCCCAUGUCGUUCCCCUCCCUCACCUCCCUUGGCAAGAGAUGAAGACUGGUUGUCACCCAGAAUCCCCUUUUCUUUUCUCUUAAUCUUUCCAGGUUCUUUUUUUUUUCUUUUUUUUUCUUUUCUGUACCCUUGUUUUGUUUAAAAAAAAAAAAAAAACUGUACUUUAAAAAAAGAAAAAGGAAAAAAAUGAACGUGAGCUGCCCAUGGCGACUUGCGUUUAAAACCAGAGUUCAUUCCUAUGUACAGUUGCUAAGUAAUAAUGAAGUUAAAGUUUUAUUAAAGUUGCAGUGAUUACUAGUCUAUCAGAUAUGUUGUAUUCAUAAAUUAUUACCACACAUUUUCCUUUGCACCCUGAUUGGAUGGAAUGGGGGGAAAAGUGCUACUGGAAAACAGGAAACUGAGGGUCAGCCAAGGACUGGACAUCACCAACCCUGUUAUACCAGGGUCAGGGCAGGGUCACCUGGGGUCGGAAGGUCAAAUGUGAAAUGUAUGUAUUGUAAUAAACAUGCUAAACUAAAA